GUAAAAACAGAGAUUCACAACUUUUCAACCUUCAUAGCCACCACCAACAAUCCACUUUUCCCCCUCAGUUUGCCACCUUUUCCGUUACUUUCUCUCGAACCAAACAUGCUCAUCCUCCUCUGCCUCCUUGCAUUCCGCUUCUUCUCUCCUUCUCUGGCCACACCCACCACCGAACUCGACCUCCUGAUGCAAAUAAAGGUCUCUCUGGACCCUCGUGACCGGUUCCUGACCUCAUGGAGUUUCGACUCGGACCCGUGCAGCGGGUCCUUUGAUGGCGUAGCAUGCAACGAGUUCGGAAAUGUGGCUAACAUUUCGCUUCAAGGGAAAGGUCUCUCCGGGAGGUUGCCGGCUGCUCUCGGUGGGCUCCGGAACUUGACUGGAUUGUACCUGCAUUUCAACACUUUGAAUGGAGAGAUACCGGCGGAGCUUGCCCAGCUAAGCCAGCUUAGCGACUUGUACCUGAAUAUGAAUAAUCUCUCCGGAAAAAUCCCUCCCCAGAUUGGCAACAUGCCCAAUCUUCAAGUUCUGCAGCUGUGUUACAAUAAGUUGACUGGGAGCAUACCUACGCAGUUGGGGUCUCUCAAUACGCUUAGUGUUCUUACUCUUCAGUCCAAUCAACUAACUGGUGCAAUUCCUGCUAGUUUGGGGAAUCUUGAGACACUAACAAGGCUUGAUUUGAGCUUUAAUAACCUGUUUGGUUCAGUUCCUCUAAAAUUAGCUGCUACACCUCUGCUGGAAGUUUUAGACAUCCGUAACAACACCCUUUCCGGCAAUGUGCCUCUAGCACUGAAGAGACUAAAUAGUGGAUUCCAAUAUGGAAAUAACACAGGCUUAUGCGGUGCUGGGUUUCCGCACUUGAAUGUUUGCACAGCUUCUAGUUCACAUGAUCCAUACAAACCUGAACCUUUAAAACCUAAUGGUAAUUUGACAAGGGAUAUUCCAGAGCCGGUGAAUUUACCAUCAAAUUGUACUGAAGCCCAAUGCUCGAAUCCCUCCAAAUACCCUAGGGUUUGUGUCAUAUCUGGUGUAGUUGGAAUUUUCAUUAUAUUGACUGUCACCGGCAUUUUUGCAUUCUCAUGGCACCGUCGCCAGAAACAGAAAAUCGGAAGUGCUUUCGACUCUUCUGAAGCCCGCCGGCUUAGUACUAACCAGGCGAAGGAGGUUUGUAGAAAGAGUGCCUCACCACUUAUCAGCCUGGAGUACUCCAAUGGUUGGGACCCAUUGGCCAAAGGUCAGUGCGGAAAUGGGUUUUCUCAAGAAGUUCUCGAGGGGUUUAUGUUCAAUUUAGAAGAGGUAGAGCGUGCAACUCAGUGCUUCUCGGAGGUGAAUCUGUUGGGGAAGAGUAAUUUCUCUGCUACUUACAAGGGAAUCCUUAGGGAUGGUUCUGUAGUUGCUAUAAAAUGCAUUGCAAAGACAAGUUGCAAGUCUGAUGAAGCUGAGUUCUUGAAGGGUUUGAAGAUAUUGAUCUCGCUCAAACAUGAAAAUCUGGUGAGGUUGAGAGGGAUUUGCUGCUCCAAAGGCAGGGGGGAGUGUUUCCUAAUCUAUGAUUUUGCUCCAAAUGGGAACCUUCUGCAGUAUCUUGAUGUGAAGGAGGGCAGUGGCAAAGUUCUUGAUUGGUCAACUAGAAAAUCUAUCAUAAAUGGCAUUGCCAGAGGUAUUGGGUAUUUACAUGGGAAUAAAGGAAGCAAAUCUUCUGUAGUUCACCAGAAUAUAUCAGCUGAGAAGGUGUUCAUGGAUGGACAAUAUAAUCCAUUGCUUUCAGAAUCAGGCCUGCACAAACUCCUUGCAGAUGACAUUGUCUUCUCCAAUCUCAAAACCAGUGCUGCAAUGGGAUACCUGGCUCCUGAGUACACAACCACUGGCCGAUUCACCGAAAAGAGCGAUGUAUAUGCCUUUGGAAUGCUCAUAUUUCAGAUCCUCGGGGGCAAACGACAGAUCACCCAGCUGACUCGCCAUGCAACCGAGUCGAGCAAGUUUGAAGAUUUCAUUGAUCAAAAUCUUGGAGGAAAGUUCCCAGAAUCUGAGGCAGCAGGACUUGGAAGAGUUGCUAUCAUCUGCACCCAUGACUCUCCAAACUCCAGGCCUUCCUUGGCAAUUGUGAUGCAAGAACUGAGUGGACUUUCGGGCAAUUCAUAACUUUCAUAUGGAAUCUUUUGAGUCUUCCCUCAAUUUUCAAAUGACAAGUGAUCAGACAAGUUCAUGACACAAGUUCAUGACUAACUCCUUGAUCGAGGACUGAUAGUCGUUGGAUCUGCCACAUAAGCGGGUUGAUUGUCCUAAACAUUGAAAUUCUGUCUAAGUUGCUUAUUUGGCACAAUUUUGAAUUUUAAGAAACUAAAUUGAUUUAUUGGAACAUUUUGGUCGUCAGUGUACUAAUUGAAAGAUAGACUAUAUUACUAUUUCGGUGAUUAAAUGUGAUAUUAACCCAUCUAAGAUGUUUGACUAGUUGUCCCCAUGUGUGGGUGUUAAUUUAGUGGACCCCCAACAAGAAACAAAGUAGGUGAGGAAAAGUUUGUAUAAGGACAUGAAUACAUAUGAUAAGGUUACACAACCACCACUUAUUCUCUCCAAAUUUUCCUUUCACACUCUCGCCAGAAAAUGAAGGCCAAAUCCAAGCUCAAUGAUGAGUUCAAUUCCUUCUGGAAUUGGAGACCAGACGAGGACGACAAGAAACGGAACAAUAGAACCCGGUUCCAGGUAACAGAGGAAUUGGUUUUGGAGCCUGGAUUUGGAGUCGGACUCGGGUGCGGGGUUGGGAUGGGCCUUGCACUGGUCGGAGGAGUCGGGCUUGGUGGCUCUCCAUGGAACCAUCUCAAGCUAGCUUUUGGGUUGGGCGUCGGUUGUGGGCUUGGUGUCGGGUUCGGGUUUGGGCAAGGACUUGGUUAUGGUUCUAGUUUGGAUACAUUCACGUCCAACCUUUCCAAGAAGAAAACUGAUUUAGACAAAAGGUUUGUGCUUCACAUUUGAGAGCAAGAGUUGAUGUAUUUUGGUUUCCUUACUAUCUUCUUUUCCAUUGAUGGAUUUUGGCACUCAUUUUUUUUAGUGAGAUCAUUUUCAUCAAUAAAAAAUUGUACUCCCCGGAUGAAUUCUCAAUC